AUGAAUAUGUUCGCCUUCAAAAAAUAAGUUUGGGAAUUAAGGAGGUUUCUUUUUAUUUAAGAAACAUGUAAAUUAUCACAGAUCAUAACAUCUUAAAAUCAAGUUUCUAUUUAUUCCUUAUAUUAAGUGAUUUGCUCCUAUCCCUUUUAAACAGCAAGCAUAGAAUUGCUUAUGUCUGCAUUCUUUGAUUAUUUCAAACAUCGGUUAUUCCUUUUGGCUUUUUAUAGGGCACUGUAAGAAGUAAGUGAAUUAUAAGAAUACAGAGAAUUUUUGGGAAACAGAAGCACCAGAAAUUUGAAAAUGGCAAUUAAGUAAUAAAUAGAUAAUAAAUUCCUAGUGGAAAUGUUAAUAAGAUUAUUGGAGAAUAAUAAAAAUAAGGGUCUAUUCCAUUUUCGAAAUAAGUUAUAGAGAAAUUGUUAAUAGCCAAAAGAUUCGCUUGUUCUUACUUGAAGAGAUUCUUUUUAUUGGCGAUUGAACUAAAUGUAGAUUUGGAAGAAAUGUCAAUAAUUUUUAAACAAUUCAUAAUGCAUACUCGAAACCAUAAAUUUUAGCAAUAAUUGAUUGAUUAAUUCUUCGAUUGCAAAUAGAGUAUAUUUUAUAAUUUUCCAUGGAAGAAUAAAUAUGAUUAAGAAUUGGAUGAUUGUAAAAUUAAUAAUUAAUUUAAGUUUGCAAUUAAUGGACUAUCGAGAUUGCCCCUUAAUGGAUAUAAGAUAGAAAGUAGUCUAUGUCUUCAUUUAAUUACAUUGGAACAGAUAACAGGAUUAAAACUGAAUAAGAUGAUGAAUACAUAACACCAGCCAGUAAAGUAGAGUCUGUAGCUGAUUAUAUUGAAAUUAUGCAGAAGAUGAUCUGUAAGCCUAUUGAAAUGGUGACUCAACAUGACCUACUCCAAUUACAUAAUAGCGAUAAUAUCGAAAUACUAAUCAAAUUUAUAAUCAAUCCUCUAUCAGAAGAACUCAUAGAUGAUUGGGUAUUACUUAAGCAACUAUAUAUAGGGUCUACUCUUUUAAAAGAAGGAGUUAGAAAACAGUGAAUACAAAAAUAUAUUUAAGUCUAGUACAAUACCAAUGGAUUAUCUGAACACAGUUCGAUCCUUCAAAAGUCUUUAGUUUUUGAUCUAAAAGGUUAACCAUUCUAGAUAUUAUCAGACGAUAUAAGAAAUGAUGCCUAAAAUAUGUAUUGUGUAAUUUAUAGAUUUUAGUCGAAAAAAUCUUGGAAACCCUUAACAAUGAGUCAAUUUAAUUGAAUUUAAAUCAUUUAGCCAUGCUCAUCGAUUAAUUAUUGCUUAUUUGUCCAAAAGCCAGUGUAUUAAAGAUCAUUGAAUCUGAUUUCUUAUACCUCUUCUUGUAAUAUUCGAGUAAUAAAUUCAUUGAAUCUUUGAUAAUUGAUAUAUUAGAUUUAACAGUAGAUAAAUACAAAUUUGGCAAUUACAUUUAAGAAUAGAUUUGGACAUACCUUAUAGAAACUAAAUGGAUAGAGUAUCUGCAUAAUCAUAUCUUCUAAUAAAAUCUUACUUUCAGCGACCAAACAUUUCCAAUAAUUCAAGAGAAUGAUUAAAAAUCAAAAAUCCUCAAUCUUUUAUCAAAAUUUAAAGAUGUUUAAAAACCUAUUGAAAUUGUAAGAAUAAACAUAUUGGAUGAAUACAUUGGACAUUUAGGAGGUUCGUCUGUUUAACAGAAUCAAGAUGAGUAUGUAUAACUACCUGAAAAUUUAUCAUAUGCCUAAUUAUUAGAGCAGGAUGUAGAUGGAAUUCGACAUUAUUUAGAUGAGAGAAGAUCACGCAAUUCCAUUAAUUAUAGCAGAAAAUAAAGUAGAAGAUUUGAAUAAUUAACUGCUAACAAUCGGUCUAAUAUAAUUUCUCAUAAUCGUAAUGUAACUCUACCUUCACUCACUUCACUUAAUACAAUAAAAUCAAUAGGCACUAUUGUUAGUGACUCAAAAUAAAAAAGAGGGAGUGUUGAUAAAUUUGAAAAUACUGAAAAACCUGCAAAUUCUAAAACCUCUUAAUUCAACUUAACUUUGCUAUAAAGUUCCAGAAUUUCAAUAUCAUCCGACUCAGGAUUUUCAAGUAGUAAACUAGUAAUGCUUUAUCCUGCAAGCAAUCUUAAGGCAAAUCCGAGUCAAUUUGAAUUAGAUUAAGCACAAUUUUAUUAUAAUACAACAACAUUUGAGCAUCUGAUAAACAUAUUAGAGAAAAUAUUAAAUGUCAUUCUAAUUCAUUAAAUGAGAAAACCAAUCAAUUUAGAAAACGAGAACUUUUGCAAAUUGUUUUUUAAUUAAGACUUAUUAUUUUCCUUAUAUAAAUUUUAUUUAUAUGAGAUCAACUAGAACAAAGAUAUUAGUUUCUAAUGUGGGAGAAUUAUAAAUUCAAUAUACUAUCUUGGUAAAAGGUAUGGAAAUGUUGAAGAAUAAUCAAUUUUAAGGGAUGUGUUUUUUUAAAUAGUGGAAUACUUAAAUAAAAUAAUCAUUAAUGGAAAUAAAUAGAAUUCUGAUAUGAGUAUAACUGAGCAUUUUACUUUUUUUUAAACAAUUAAAAAUGGGUUUGAGAUCUUUGAACCUUAUGAUGUGACAAGAUUAAAUAAAAAUAUCUACAAAUUCUUAAAUGAAACAGUCAUCCAUUUAUACAUUAUUUAUUUUUUUAAGAGCAAAUAAAAUACUUUAUAUCAAUAUUACUUUUUUGAAUUCAUAAAUUUUAUCUUUGAAAACGCUCCUGCUUACCUACUUUAAAAUAUACUGUUUAAUGUUGGAUUAAUUAGUUCGCUUUAUAAUGCCUAUACAACGUUUUAUGCAAAUGGAUUUAAGAGUCACAGUUACAAUGAAAGCUUGUUCUGCUAUAUCAUAAAAUUGAUAAGAUCAAUUCACAGUAAUUUAAAUAAAAGAGAAUUGACUGUAAUUUUAAACUCCUUGUAGCCACUUGAUUCUUGGAAAUGCUUAUUGAAAACCGUUCCUAGCAGCCAGAUAAAAAAUGAGAAAAAAUUAAAAACUCAGGAAGUAGAAUUACAAAAAUCUCUUAUUGAAUCUUAACGAAGCAUCAGAUAAUCUGCUUUAAAUGAUAGUAGAGCUUCACUAUCUCAAACAGUUAAUAAUAGAAAGUAUGAAUUUUUAAUUAAGCUAUUAGAAAUUCAUAAAUUUAAUCCACUCCACAAAAAUUCAGAACCAGAAUAUAGUAAUAAAUUGAAUAAAAAAGUACUUCUGGUCAGUCCUCAUCCUAACUGGUCUACUGA